CACGAGUUGAGACAAGAACACACUGAAAAAGCCCCGGCUGGGGAGAUGAGAUUCCACUAUCUCUGCAGAGUUUAAAGAAACUGUGAAGGAAGUGUGUGUGAGCUGAUGUGAAUGUGAAUUCAGCAGCAUGGAUCAGUGUGAGGACAGAGAGGAGGGAGUCCUUCCCUGUAAAACCACUCUGUGUGAGGAACAUGAGAGCCAGACCAAAGCUCAGAGAUCAGUGAUGGAGAAGUCUGUUCAUGAGCAGCUCCUUGAAAUGAUGGAGAACUUGGAAGAGGAGGAGCUUAAACAUUUCCACUGGUGCCUGCAGAAUGUACCUGUGGGUGAUUUCACAACCAUCAAAAACUGUCAUCUGGAGAACCCAGACAUAGUGGAAACUGUAGAUUUGAUGGUGCAGACAUAUACUAAUGAGCAUGUGAUGGAUGUGGGGACAUCUAUUUUAAAGAAGAUGAAUGAAGGUGUGCUCUUUCCGUCAACAAUCCAGGGAGCUUCAUCAGUUUCACCAGAAGAGGAGCUUGCCAUGUUGCGGAGAGAAUUUGUGAGGAGGGUGUCAAAAGAAAUCCUUACACAGCUCCUUGAAGCUCUUGUAAAUGAUGGUGUUUUGGGUGAUUUGGAGAAAGAAUCAAUAUUAGAAGAAAACCAAUCCAGAGCAAAUAAGGCUCGCUGCUUAAUCGACACAGUGAAGAAAAAAGGAAACGAAGCGUGUAGGAUAAUGAUCAGGCAUCUUCGGACUAUAGAUCCAGUUCUCUCAUCUCAACUGCGUCGAUCCUCAUCUGUAAAGAAAGAGACUCUGCAGAGGUGUCGAUCUACACUCAAGUCCCAUCUGAAGAAGUUGUUCCAGUGUGUGGUUGAGGGGAUUUCAGCAGCGUUAAACAAAACCCUUCUGAAUCAGAUCUACACAGAGCUCUACAUCACAGAGGGAGGAACUGCAGAGGUCAGUGAUGAGCAUGAGGUCAGACAGAUUGAAACACUAUCCAGGAAACCAGACAGACCAGAAACAACAAUCAGACAAGAAGACAUCUUUAAAGCAUCAGCUGAAAGAGAUGAACCAAUCAAAACAGUGCUGACAAAGGGAGUGGCUGGCAUUGGGAAAACAGUCUUAACACAGAAGUUCACCCUCGACUGGGCUGAAGACAAAGCCAACCAGGACAUCCAGUUCAUAUUUCCAUUCACUUUCAGAGAGCUGAAUGUGCUGAAAGAGGAAAAGUUCAGCUUGGUGGAACUUGUUCAUCACUUCUUUACUGAAAUCAAAGAAGCAGGAAUCUGCAGCUUUGAAGACUUCCAGGUUGUCUUCAUCUUUGAUGGUCUGGAUGAGUGUCGACCUCCUCUGAACUUCCACAAAACUAAAAUCCUAACUGACCCUUGCAAGUCCACCUCAGUGGAUGUAUUGCUGGUAAACCUCAUCAGGGGGAACCUGCUUCCUUCUGCUCGCCUCUGGAUAACCACACGACCUGCAGCAGCCAGUCAGAUCCCUCAUGACUAUAUUGGCAUGGUGACAGAGGUCAGAGGAUUUGCUGACCCACAGAAGGAGGAGUACUUCAGGAAGAGAUUCAGAGAUGAGGAGCAGGCCAGCACGAUCAUAUCCCACAUCAAGACAUCACGAAGUCUCCACAUCAUGUGCCACAUCCCAGUCUUCUGCUGGAUCACUGCUACAGUUCUGGAGGAUGUGCUGAAAACCAGAAAGGAAGUAGAGCUGCCCAAGAGCCUGACUGAGAUGUACAUCCACUUCCUGGUGGUUCAGGCCAAAGUGAAAAAGGUCAAGUAUGAUGAUGGAACUGAGACAGAUCCACACUGGAGUCCAGAGAGCAGGAAGAUGAUUGAGUCUCUGGGAAAACUGGCUUUUGAUCAGCUGCAGAAAGGAAACCUGAUCUUCUAUGAAUCCGACCUGACAGAGUGUGGCAUCGAUAUCAGAGCAGCCUCAGUGUACUCAGGAGUGUUCACACAGAUCUUUAAAGAGGAGAGAGGGCUGUACCAGAAUAAAGUGUUCUGCUUUGUCCACCUGAGCGUUCAGGAAUUUCUGGCUGCAGUUCAUGUCCAUCUGACCUUCAUCAACUCUGGAGUCAAUCUGCUGGAUGAAAAAAAAUCUCACUUAUUUAGAGUCUUUCAAAUAAAAUCCAAAUUAAAUUUAUUCUACCAGAAUGCUGUGAAAAAGGCCUUACAGAGUCCAAAUGGACACCUGGACUUGUUUCUCCGUUUCCUCCUGGGUCUUUCAUUGCAGACCAAUCAAAGUCUUCUACAAGGUCUGCUGACACAGGCAGAAAGUAACACACAGACCAAUCAGGAAACAGUCCAGUACAUCAAGAAGAAGAUCUGUAGCAAUCUGUCUACAGAGAAAAGGAUCAAUCUGUUCUACUGUCUGAAUGAACUGAAUGAUAGUUCUCUAGUGGAGGAGAUCCAACAGUCCCUGAGAUCAGGAAGUCUCUCUACAGAUAAACUGUCUCCUGCUCAGUGGUCAGCUCUGGUCUUCAUCUUACUGUCAUCAGAAAAAGAUUUGGAUGUGUUUGACUUGAAAAAAUACUCUGCUUCAGAGGAGGCUCUUCUGAGGCUCCUACCAGUGGUCAAAGCUUCCAACAAAGCUCUUUCUCAGCUCCCAGACCUGCAGUAUGAGAGAGCUGGACCUGAGUAACAACAACCUAGAGGAUUCAGGAGUGAAGCUUCUGUCUUCUGGACUGGAAAGUCCAAACUGUACACUGAAUACUCUGAGACUGACUCACUGUAACGUCUCAGAGAAAAGUUUUGAAGCUCUGUUCUCAGUCCUCAGCUCCCCGUCCUCUCCUAUGAGAGAGCUUGACGUGAGUAACAACAAUCUGCUGGAUUUAGGAGUGAAACUUCUUUCUUCUGGA